UUUUGGACUUUCACCAUUCACUAGCUAGCUGAUUUAUCUACAAUCACGCAUAACAUUUUGGAUCAAUUCUUCUCUUGUUCAAUAUUCAAUUGGACUUUUGGUGAUUUCCCCAAUCUAUGAAUAAGGUCUCAGACAAGAGGGAUUUCAGUUUGGGUGAUUGGACAGUGAAAGGUUGCCAAAAUGACGGACAAAACGGCAAAAUACAAGACAGAGAUUCAGCAGGUCAGUUAUGCCUUUGUUUGAGUCUCGAAUUUCAUUCCUUUAUUUGAUAUACAUUAUGUAUCGGCUAUGGACUACAAUUGUGGGAAAUUAUGAGGCUAUAUCAAGUGAUUGCUGGCGGUGAGGUAUUUGUUAUUUCAGUCAUAGUGAAUAUGUUCUCGCGAUACAUAUCCUGCGGCCCAUUCAUUGUUUAAAUAGUUUCGCGUCUUGCAAAAAGCUGUACCGAAAGCAUAGUAUCAAUAACAUGACAUCGAAUAUGGCUAACGCCAAGUUUCUUCGUUUCUUUUCACAGAUGAUGUAUGUAUCUGGAGAGACAGCAGAAGCAUCAUCUGAGACCACUGGUAUGAUUGAAGAGAUAGUAAGGCAACAAGUUAUCGAAAUGGUUAGUACAUAUCCUCAAGGGUCACCUCCCCUUCUCCAAAUUACCUCCAUUUCUAUGUCUAUCACAUGACCCUAACUGUUUUAGCUCCGCCAAUGCACUGAGCAGGCAUCCCGCCGCGGAAGUCGUUCAAUAUCGACAGACGACCUAAUAUUUCUUAUCCGACACGAUCAAGCUAAGGUCUCUCGUCUUCGAACCUUUCUCUCCUGGAAAGACGUCCGCAAAAACGUCAAAGACUCUGACGAGAAGGGUGGUGAUGCAGAUAUCGGAGCUGGUGACGAGCCAGUAGGAGCAAAUGCCCCCAUUCCGGAUACCACCAAGAAGAAUAAGAAAGCCAAAGUCGGUCUUCCGUGGGAGGUCCCCUCUUUAUACAGCCAAGAAGUCCCAGAACGCGAAGAUGAAGAGGACGAAGAUGAGGAAGAAAUGAAUUAUGCAACCUUACAACGUCUCAAGAAAGCCGACGAGCGUACCAAAGCCAUGACAAAAGAAGAAUACGUCACCUGGUCUGAAUAUCGUCAAGCGUCAUUUACGUUCCGUAAGGGAAAGCGAUUCAAGGAAUGGGCUGGCUUCGGCGUCGUCACAGAUUCCAAACCCAACGACGAUAUCGUUGAUAUUCUCGGUUUCCUUACCUUUGAAAUCGUCCAGACCUUAACCGAAGAAGCAUUAAAAAUCAAGGAACAAGAAGACUUGGGCAAGGAGAAAACCGGCGGCGAGCAAAGAGGCAAGAAGAGAAAGGUACAGGGAUUGUUUGAUCCGCCCAGUGAGGGGAGGACUCCAGUCGAGACGAGACAUAUUCAAGAAGCGUUCAGGAGACUGCAACAGAGACCAACUAAACAGAGAGCGAUGUGUAAUUUCACUAAGGGUUUGAAUAGAACUCCUUUGAAAUUGGUAAGUUUGACGGUUAACUUGGGUUGGAAGGUAUUGUUACUAACGAAUGAUAGUUUUGAAUUUUGGCAGUGAAAUUGUAUUACUUUAAGGAGCGAGGCGCAUGGAGACUUUGGAUAGUCUGUAAUUAUCAAUGUUUAACAUAGGUUUGGCAUAGCAUGGGUUGUUUUGUUACCAUCGGAAUGGAAUUAGUAAAGGUUGUAUUGGGUACUGAUUGAUGAUAGGCAUGCAUAUUUUUGUAUAAUUCACAGGCUAGCAUUAUCAACAAUCGACGAU